CUCACUGGGGGCUGGGGGCUCUUUCAGUUAUACUGUAUACCAUUCUUUCUUCCCUUCCCACUCUUCAUUUUUUUACCUCGCUUCCAAACUCUAAUCUCUUAACUGAAUAUCAAACGCAGCUUCUUGUUAUUUCUUUACCAAUUCCUGAGCUUGUGUUUUUGGAAAGCGUUUUCCCCGUCAAGUGCAUGUUGCCGUUUUAAGACUUGCAUUUGAGCUCUGUAAUCUUUGUUUCAGGUUCGACCGUGGAUUGUAUUGUUAACUCUGGUACGCGUACCUAGAGCUUUCAAGAAGUAUCCAAGAUUUGAUUAGUUGAAGCCUAGGGUUACGAGAGCACGCAUUCGCGGUAAUUUCUUAACAACUGCUUAAAGCCCGAGGUUCUUGAACCGUGGUUUAAGUAAAUUGAGUUAGAAACACGAGUGAUUGAAUGUGGUUGGUCAUGAUUUUAGUUUGUUAAUUGUGUGGUGAUUGAUGGUUUUUAAGGAGUAGAUAGUUGCAUUUGUGAAUUGAACGUUUAGGUUUCUGAGGUGAAUACUCACACAAUGGAUGUUGAUGAAGUGGAGGAAGUUACUUGUUUGGACCCCGAGCUUUUGCAGCUUCAAGAGCUGUCUCCUUUAGCGAUCAAACUGAGACCACAACUUGCUGAGGAGUUGUUCGCUCAGUGGCUUUCGCUACCAGAUACCGUCCGACUGGUGAAAUCUUUGAUUGUUGAUGCCAAGGCAGGUGCCCCAAUAAAUGCCCUUGGGAACUCUUCUAGUGUGAAUAUUUCUGUGAGCAAUUCAUUGCCUUCAACGUUUCCUGCUGGUAGUGCACCUCCACUGUCACCCAGAAGUUCGUCUGGUUCUCCCCGAUCUCCCCGUUCUCCUCGCAUUUCAAAACAGAGAACUAGCCCUUCAUCUCUUGGGUCUCCAUUGAAAUUUGCCCCUGAACCAGUGCAAGAAGUCAUACCACAGUUCUAUUUCCAAAAUGGCCGUCCACCAUCAAAAGAACUAAAAGAAGAAUGUCUUUCGAGAAUUAAUCACCUUUUCAAUAAUCCUCUUGGUGGAUUGCAGAUUGACGAGUUUAAACCAGUUACAAAGGAAAUAUGCCGGCUACCAUCCUUUUUCUCUUCUGCACUUUUUAAAAAGAUAGACAUUGACUGCACUGGCAUAGUGACCAGGGAUGCAUUUAUUAGGUACUGGGUUGAUGGCAAUAUGCUGACAAUGGAUACAACAACUCAAAUAUAUAAAAUUUUAAAGCAGCCAGACUGUGAAUACCUUACUCAGGUUGACUUCAAACCUAUCCUUCAAGAACUUUUGGCAUCCCAUCCAGGUCUGGAGUUCUUACAUGGCACACCUGAAUUUCAAGAAAGAUAUGCUGAAACUGUCAUAUACAGAAUAUUUUAUCAUAUCAAUAGAUCAGGAAAUGGCCAUCUUACCCUCAGGGAGCUGAAACGUGGAAAUUUAAUUGCUGCCAUGCAACAUGUAGACGAGGAAGAGGACAUUAACAAAGUUCUAAGGUACUUCUCAUAUGAGCACUUUUAUGUUAUAUACUGCAAGUUUUGGGAACUAGAUACAGACCGUGACUUCUUGAUUGAAAAGGAGAACCUAAUCAAGUAUAGCAAUCAUGCCCUUACUUAUAGGAUCAUUGAUAGGAUAUUUUCACAGGUCCCAAGGAAGUUUUCUAGUGGGGUUGAAGGGAAAAUGAAUUAUGAAGAUUUUGUUUACUUCAUGCUUUCAGAAGAAGACAAAUCAUCCGAACCCAGUAUCGAGUAUUGGUUCAAGUGUAUAGAUUUGGAUGAAAAUGGAGUGAUUACAUAUAAUGAAAUGCAAUUCUUCUAUGAGGAGCAGCUGCAUCGUAUGGAAUGCAUUUCCCAAGAGCCCGUGUUAUUUGGGGAUAUCUUAUGUCAAAUAGUUGAUAUGAUUGCUCCACAGAGGGAAGAUUGUAUAACACUUCGUGACUUGAAAGGAUGCAAAUUGUCUGGAAAUAUUUUCAAUAUGCUUUUCAAUCUUAACAAGUUCGUUGCCUUUGAAUCUCGGGAUCCAUUUCUCAUUCGCCAGGAACGUGAGGAUCCAUCUUUGACAGAGUGGGAUCGCUUUGCACACAGAGAGUAUAUCAGGCUUUCUAUGGAAGAAGAUGUUGACAAUGUCUCAAAUGGAAGUGCUGAACCUUGGGAGGGAUCACUUGAAGCUCCUUUUUAAGAUCAUUGAGGUGCCUACAAAGAAGAUGCCAUUUUUAUUCCUUGAUUUGAGCGUUGAAUGACAGAAAACUGGUCAUGUUGAAGAUAAUACUUUGAAUGGAACUCAUCAGGCGCUGCAAACUUGAUCAUUGAAAAUUUGAAGCUUGAUCAUGUAACCUGAUGCACAUAUUUAACUCAGUAGGUUAUACAAUUGGCUUUUGCGGUGAAAUUAGAAUGCUCUAGAGUUCUACAGGGAACUUCUCUAUACAAAGAAUGUUAGUUGCUCCUUAACAGAGGGAGUGCUAAUGGCUUUCCGGUGUCUAUUCAUCAUGGAUAUCAUCGGCCCUGUUUGGGUAUUUGUGUUACAAGCAGAUCAGCUCCAUAGACAAAACGUAUUCUUUUGAUGCCUUGGUGGGUGGCAUGCAUGCGUUUCUUUGUAAAGCUUUUGCAGUUCAUUCAUUGGAUGAUCAUGUCAUGCCAUCUCCUCCCUCUCCCUCUCCCUCUCGUUUCUGUACAGUGUAUAUGCUCUUUGAUUGGAUUACGAUAAAAAUUGGAUAGACGCUCACACUAGUCUCUCACCAGGAAAGUUGGUAAAUAUUAAACUGUUUUUCUUUUCUUUC